AUGCAAAUAGGCACUGCUAUAGUUUGGCAACUGCGGAAUAGCGAUAACUUUUCAGCAACAACUAAAAAUCUGAACCAAGAAUUUAACAACGAAAAUAUCAACAAAAUCAACAACAAAUCCACAACCGAGAGCGCUGACACUGGUAGUCAUUACGGUAGAAGCACGUUGAGCCCAAAACGAAUGUCACGCCAUAACAAUCUGCACAAUGAAGAAGUAGCUGGACUCCUUCCUCAGUGCAAUACCACCAAAUCAAGUAGCAAAUUUCAAACAACUUUUGUCCACCGAUUGUACAGCAUGUUGCAUGAACCUAUGAUUGCACAUUUGAUAUGGUGGGAUAUAGAUGGUGAAACGUUUCACAUUGAAGCAACAGACGAUUUUUCUAUAGCACUUGCACGUUAUUUUAAGCACAGCAACGAGCAAUCAUUUAUAAGACAAUUGAACAUGUACGGGUUUCAAAAAAUCAAUAUCGACGACAAUAAUGUCGAGAAAGGCGGUGUCAAAAACGUUAAAUUGUGGACUUUCCGCCACUCCAAAGGACAAUUUAAAAAGGGUAAAUAUCACAUGUUGAGCUUGAUACAGCGACGAGUUCCUAAAAAGGCACAUCAAAGAGCAAGGAACCCUUUAUUUAAAAGGGAGAGCUCAUCAACCAAAAUUGCUCAUGUACAUCCAAAUAAUCAUUAUCAUCAACAGCAUCAACAACAACAACAUCAUCAUCAUCAUCAUCAUCAUCACACACGACGCUAUGAAGACCAUCAACGUUUUCGCCAACACGAACCAAAAACAGUUCUUACUGCAAUCCAAGUAACACCACCCUCCAGCUCUGCUCUAUCAGAAAUUUCAACACCAUAUUUGUUCGAAAACGAACGUACAAAGAAUCUGGAAUGGCAAUCGUUUUCCCCGCAACCCGUUUAUGUUAAUAACACCAGUAAUUGCAAAGUAUCCCCAUCAGCUUAUCCACACAAAAUUGCUUCGCAUGUUCCUAGUCAGUCGAUUAUACCCACAAAUAUGCGAGGUUUUGGCAUCUCAUACUCUUUGGGAUCUUCUACAUCAUCAGCAUCAUCAUUAUCAUCAUCACUGCCCCCAUCACUGUCAUCAUAUUUUUCUUCUUCUGUUCCCACAAUAUUACCACCACCUCAGAUUUCUUCGUUUUUUUCUAGUGAUCUCAAAAGUUUAUCAACACCAACAAAGGGCUUUGGAUUGUGUUCAAAUAUGUACACCAUCGAUAAAGACAUUAACAAUAGCUCCAACAGCCACCAAAAUUAUCAGUUUGACCUCAAAUGCAAUAAAAUAUCAAAUAAUCAAAGUAAUGAGAAUUUUGGCCAAUCAAGUGUGUUGCUGGAAGUGUCAGAAAAAUCGAUAGACAAACUGAAGAUGUCGCCAUAUGAAGUUGAAGCGAUGCUAAACACAACUUCAUCAAAUAAUAAUUUGAUGGAUAAAUCUUCAUCUAUGAACGUAUCAAAUACUCAACAAUCUUCAUGCCUAAGUAUACAGAAAAAUGCAUUGCCAUCGUGUCUGGAGCUUAUUGCAUCAAUAGCAACAGCCACCCCUCACUCGGUUUGUGCAAAUUCAUAUCCACACGAAUAG